AAUUUUUUAUAGUUUUAUAACCACAGCAAAUAAAUCGGCAAAACGUGACGAACGUACUGAAACGUAAUCAGUUAACAUUCUCAUUUAUUAGCGAAAUGACGUAUUUACGAAUAUUUUUUGUUUUAUCUGUGCUUCAUGCAGUAUUUGGUGCACCGAAUUGCAGCAUCGACGAAGUACUGGAUAGUUGUCCAUCCGACUGCGCAUAUGACUACUGCCCGAAGGAUGGAAAGCACGAUAGCACACCAUGUGUGAAGCCCACACAGUGUACACCUGAUUGCAAGUGCGCGUUCAAUUAUCGUCGUUAUAAUGGCACCUGUAUACCUACUACUGAAUGUCCACCGUUCGCCUGCACAGGAAAGAAUGAGUAUUAUGAACCAUGCCCGCUCUAUUGUCCUGGCGAAGAUUGCAGCUCAGCCACGCCAACUGGAGAAUGUCCAUUCCUACUACUCAUUGCCGUUAACUGUUCUCCUAGUUGCCGCUGUCUCCGUGGUCACUGGAGGAAGGAUGGCAUCUGUGUUCCGUAUGAAGAAUGCCAAGAUGUUGGUGGCUAAUAUCAAAUAUGUUUGCCUAGAAUUGGGGUCCUUUAUUCUUAAAAAAUAAAUUAAAAUAAAAAUGUGUUAAUAAUCUACAAUAUACCUAUACAAUGUUAAUGAAUCUUUUAACCAUUAAAUAAAACGUGCGUGCGUACAAAGUACACAUGUCAGAAGUGAAACUUCUUUGGAAAACAAUUUUUUAAGUCUUGUUCAUAUUUAUACAAAUCUAAAACUUUAAUUUCCGAGACUUAGAGGG